UGUGACUAUGGCUGGAUGCACAAAUUUCAAAGCUGCAGCAGAAGUGAGACGAUCGGAAUUAUUGGUGGAACUGGCCUGGAUGAUCCGGAUAUCUUAGAAGGAAGAACAGAAAAAUAUGUUGAUACUCCCUAUGGCAAGCCCUCAGAUGCUUUGAUAUUGGGAAAGAUAAAAAAUGUGGAUUGUGUGCUGUUGGCAAGACAUGGAAGGCACCAUACAAUUAUGCCAUCGAACGUCAAUUACCAUGCCAAUAUCUGGGCAUUAAAAGAAGAAAAUUGUUCACAUGUAUUAGUGACUACUGCCUGUGGUUCAUUACGUGAGGAAAUACAACCUGGUGAUCUUGUCAUAAUUGACCAAUUCAUUGACAGGACAACAAAAAGACAUUGUACUUUAUACGAUGGGCAGCAUUCCACUCUUCCAGGAGUAUGUCAUAUUCCAAUGGCAGAGCCAUUCUGCACCAAAACCAGAGAGGUUCUUAUGGAGACUGCCAAGAAGCUUGGGCUCCAGUGUCAUUCCAAGGGAACAGUAAUCACAAUUGAAGGCCCACGUUUCAGUUCUCGAGCAGAAAGCUUGAUGUUUCGCAGCUGGGGAGCUGAUGUUAUCAACAUGACCACAGUGCCUGAAGUGAUUCUUGCGAAAGAAGCUGGAAUGAGUUAUGCCAGUAUUGCCAUGGUAACAGAUUACGACUGCUGGAAGGAACAUGAAGAAGCAGUUUCAGUGGAUAAAGUUUUAAAGACGCUGAAAGGGAAUGCAAAUAAGGCUACUAGCGUACUCCUUAAUGCUAUACCUCAGAUAGGUUCCAUGGACUGGACUGGCACUCUGCACACCCUGAAAACAACAGUGCAGUGUUCGGUCAUCCUGCCAAAACAGUAACAACCUUGAUGAACCUUGAAGUUUGGGUGCUCACAAGGAAAAGUGGAUCACUUUUGAACUUCCAGAGGCUAUAAUAUCUUCAAAAAUUGUUACAAGCAUAAAAGAAUGGAGUAAACGUUGACCCACAAUAAUGUAUAAGACAGCUUUUAUAAUCUUUAUCAUGCUUGAUAAUGUGUAAGAUGGCAAAAGUUAGACUUUGAGCAUGUUUUAAACUAGGAAUAGCUUUACUGUCAAGCUGGAUCAUACAGUGGCUGAAGAAAGAAGUCAGUAGCAAACUGUCAUCUGCUAUUCAGUGAUACCUUUUAGAUGAUGGAAGAAAGGAAAGGCUAGGUAAUACUGUGAUGCAGUUUCAUAAAAUAAGAUCUAAGAAAGCAGAUUCACAGAUAGUAUGUUUGCUUUCCUGUUUCUGCCUUGCAUCUUUUCCUUCAACAAGGCAAAUGUCACACUCCACUUCA